GGGGGCUGUGAUGUGUGGGGUUGCCAUGGCAAUGAAGUGGGGUGAGGGCACCUAGGGCCUGGAGCAGGACUAUGGAAGUCACCAAGAAAGUGGGGGGCCCCGAUCCAUCAGGCUCCCAGGGCCACCCCUCAGCUGGCAGCCAGCAGCUGAGCGGUGGCCCUAGAGGGUCCCAGAGACCAUGGAUAAACUCAGGAUCUGUACACUUGAGGCAGGGGUUGUCACUGUCCACCGAGGCCAUCCUUGAUGGGGCCUACGGCUCAGCCUCCCAGGCCCAUACCCACGAGCCCAGUCACCAGCAACUCUGGGACCCUGCUGAGGUUAGCUCCCAAUGUGGCUGUGAGCGGGCCUCCCAGGAUUCCCUGAGACUCUCCUCCACUAGCUCGUUUCCAGGCUCAAUCGUGGGAGCCCAAACACAUCUCGUCACAGAGAACAGGACCCUGGCCCUACCGGUGUGCAGGCGCAGCGAUGGCACCAGUGACAUGGCGCGGCACGGACUCUGCUGUUCCCGGCUUCAGGUGCAGAUGGCGGGGGAGGGCAAGGCUCCAGCUAAAGUCCUAAUAGGCUGGGGCAAAGGCCCUUGCAGCCCCAAACAGAUAGCCCCACUGGGCAUUAGGAAGAGCUGGUGGCUACCGUAUUUUCUUUCAGGGGAGAAUGGCUCAGCUGCAGCCCAAGGCUCCUCCAACUCCAACUCCAACUCCGGCAAAUACUCCAGCUCUGGAUACAAUCUCAAUCUGGAGUCUCCCAAAGGGGUCACAUCCUGCCAGGACAAAGUGAAUGUCCAUUCUCAGGAUGAGCCUGCCACUCCAGCACGCACUCCAAAAGAGUCCCCAGACCAAGCCCAGGAGCUCGAGGUUGCCCAAAGGCCGGUGUUACCAAGGCAGCCUGAGAACCAAGUGGAGAAGCCCAUGGUCUGUACCUCCAGGCCAGGCAGCCCCAAACCGGGCUCAGGGCCCCCAGAAACCCCCAAGUCCCAGAGGGGUAACCAGAAGAUCUGCAGCUCUCAGCCAGGUCAGCAGCCCCUCAAUGCUUGCAGCAACACCUGCUCCAAUGUGCCACCGUCUGCCUACCAAGUAACUUGCCACAACUCCCUCCCAAUACAGCCUCCCAGGGAAGCCAUGCAGAUACCCCCCUCCAGUGCCCCUACCUGCCAGCUCCGGGAUGCUGUGGAAGACCGUGUGCUGGUGUUUGAUAUGGCCACGGGCAACACCAGGAUGGGGCUGCUGUGCCAUGACCCCAUGGGCUCAAGGGCAGUGCUGGUGGGCCUCAUGCCCAGCCACCCAUCCAUCUAUGCCUCUGAAAAUACGCUGUCCACCCGGCCGUUGGCCAUGCCCAUCCUCUCCCCUGACAGCAAUGGCUCCAGCUUCUGGUCCACCACAUCCAUGGUGUCCAGCCCCGUGCCCUCCAGCCUUUCAUCUGGAAGCUACUGAGAGGUGGCCCUGGUUCCCAAAGAGGCCAGGCUCAACCUGGAGUCACGAGGCUCCCCUGGUACUGAGACGCCCAUCAGGAUGGGGACGCUCACUGGGCAUGUUCCACUGGGAAUGCCCCUCCAAUUUGGAGAGAGGAUACUGAGCCAUGCCCAUGAUCCUGGCUAGUCCAAAACUGACGCUGAAAAAACCGAAACUAGUCAUACCAUCUGGAUGCAGGAUGCCUCCGGAAUGCAGGACACCUCUAUGGUCCAGGCCGAGAAACUGCAGUGGACGAACUUAGAGCAGACCCCAGAGCCUGUACCACCGGCCGAAAACCAGCAGGUGCCCAGAUCCCUGCUCCAGGAGGAUGUAGGCAGCCACAAUCAGAAAGAGGUCAUUAUUGCUCACCCUGACAACACUCAGGUCAAAGGUGCUGGGCACGCCCCCCUCGGUGGUCAGCCCCCACUAGCUGAGCAGCAUCCCCUUUCCAGGCAGCCCCCUUCGACCAGUCAGCCUCCCUCUGCAGAGCAGCAUCCCCUUCCCAGGCAGACCCACCUUUCUGGACAGCCACCCCUAGCUGAGCAGGCCCCCUCCACCAAGCAGCACCCCCUUCCUGGUCGGGCCCCUCUCACUGGAGCCCCGAUUGCCAGGCAGCUUUCUCUCACUAGGCAGCCUCCCUUUUCCCAAGAACCCCCCAUCUUCAAUGAGUCCACUCUCUCAAGAGGUCCCCCCACCACUAGGGAGCCUGGUCAGGCCUCCACCCUGUGCCAGGAAGGGGAGCCAUUGGGCCCGCCUACCCAUGUGGGGGUACUUCGGGUGACCCCGGCCCCUGAGGAGACCUGUGUCUAUGUAAACAGAGAAAAUGUUGGUGUCAGUGCUGGUCAAAGCUCCAGCUCACAUCGGCUCUCAUCCUGGCAACCUGGCGGCUCCCCCAGGGAGCAGGAGGAGCAGCUUUCCCGGAUCACAUUCACCACACCUGGUCCUGGCUGCAAGGUCUUGCCCAUGGCCACGGUGGGCACUGAGCCCCACGGUCCCCGGUUCAAGCUGACAGCUGAGGACGUUACACACGCGCCAGUGGUCGCGCAGCUUGGCCUUCUCCAAGGGGCCUGCUAUGAGCUGGUGCCCACCAUGGAUGUUCUGCCAGUACGGUCCCCAGUGCUCUGCCGCCAUUCACGGGGCCCCUACCAGGACAUGGCAGCCGUGGUGAUCGACACAGGCACAGGCUUCACCAAAUGUGGACUGGCUGGAGAGGACCAUGUCCUCAGUGUGCUGCCCUCAUGCGUCCAGCUGCUCCAGCAUCCAGUCCAGGGCCAGUCCAGGUACGCAGUGCCUGAGAACCGAGAGGGUUCCUACUCGGUGCUGAAUCGAGGAGUGGUCUCCGACUGGCAUGCACUGGAGGUGCUGUGGCAGCACCUGUUCUAUUGCAGGCUGGGUGUGCAGCCUGAGGAGCUGGCUGUGCUUGUGGCGGAUUCACCCACCUCACCACGCACCAACCGGGAAAAGGUGGCUGAAAUACUCUUUGAGCGUUUCCAUGUGCCAGCCAUGCAGACAGUGCAUCAGGCCCUGCUGGCACUCUAUGCUUAUGGGCGGACCACUGGGCUGGUGCUGGGCAGUGGCCAUGGCACCUCCUAUGUGGCACCCAUCAUCAUUGGGGAUCUGUCCCCACUUGACACCUACCGGCUGGAUGUGGCGGGUGCUGACCUCACUGAAUACCUGGCUCAGCUGUUGCUGGCAGGUGGCCAGUCACUGUUCAAGGCAUGGCUGUUCAACCAGAUUAAAGAGGCCUGCUGCUAUGUGGCCACGGACAUGACAGCUGAGGUGGCCCGUGCCCAGGCCCUGGCCCAGGUGGACUUUUUGCUUCCAGACAAGCAGGUCGUCACACUGGGCUCUGAGCGCUUCUGCUGCCCCGAGGCCCUCUUCCAGCCCAAUCUGCUAGGCCUCAAUCAGCCGGGCCUUCCACAACUAGCCCUCCUAAGUAUCAGGCGGCUGGAGGCCAAGCAACAGGAGCAGCUGCUGGCCAGUGUGGUGCUGGACGGUGGCGGCACCCUGUUGAGUGGCUUUCCUGAGCGCCUGAGACAGGAGCUGGGCCCCGGUGCCAUUGUGCUGGGCUCUCCGCACCGUGCUGUUGCUGCCUGGCUUUGAGGCUCCAUCAUGGCGUCCCGGGACUCCUUCCAGAGCCUGUGGCUCAGCCGCCGUGAGUACGAGGAGGAGGGCCCAUGGUCCAUCUAUAAGUACCAUGUGUAAGCACAUAAAAGUUCUUUCUGGUUCUGCUUCUUUUGACAACUGUGGCAUAUUUUAGGCACAGGGUGGUGGAGGGAAGGGCAGGGAUCCAGGCAUGUGGUCAGGGAUGGGGACCUUGGCACUCCCAAGGCACACCCUGCCUCUACGCACUGGAAUUCCAUGGGCCUUGGCAAUCCUAUCCUAUCCAGAGAGCCCCACAGCCCCACGGCUGACAUUGGCCCUGGCCUAGCCUGACCUUUA